AUGUCGCUCUACAUCAUUAACAGCGAGCGCCUUGCCACUCCCAUCUAUCCGAACGAUGCCAGCACAAUCGUCAACCUCCUCGAUCUAAACCCAUCCCGCCCCGGGGAAGACGAACAAGAUGACUCAGAUCCUCCAUUCGAAAUCUUCGAAGCGGGCACCGGCCAUGGCAGCCUCACUCUGCACAUUGCUCGCGCCCUGCAUGCCGCAAAUCCGCUGUUCCCAGCUCCUUUACGACAAACCCUCAUCUCUGCUCCGUACAAACCUCACUACGACUUUACCGAUUCACGAGGUUGUCUGGAAGUCUCUCCCGAAGACCAAUCCGCUUUUGACGAAUAUGCAUCUUCCCGUCGCGCGAUUCUGCAUACGCUCGACCACAACACAAAACAUGCCCGAGCUGCGUAUAAGCUAGUACGCAACUUUCGGCGCGCGCAGUAUUUACCCGCAGUAGACUUCCACGUCGGAUCCAUAGACGACUUUCUCAGCCGUCGACUUGAACAGACACGAGGUCAACCUUUUCUUUCCCGCGCUAUUCUCGAUCUCCCAUCGGCGCAUGAAAACGCCGAGCUCGUAAUCAAGGCACUGCACCCCAACGGCCUGCUCAUCCUCUUCAAACCCUCCAUCAGCCAAAUCGCCGAUUUCCAGGCUUGGUCCACAGAGACAAAGCAACCAGUGCGCACAGAGAAAGUAAUUGAACUGUACGCCACCACUGCCUCCGAAGGUGGCGUGCACGACAGCUCCGGUGGACGACACUGGGAUGUGAAAACAGUCGUGCCGAGGGCGCAGCAAGGCGAAGAAGGGAAUAAGAAGCCGGUACAGGUAAUGCGGCCAAGGGUAGGAGAGCGAGUUGCCGGUGGAGGAUUUUUGGCUGUAUUACGCCGAUGGCCUGUUUCUGAAGAGCCAGCGCAAGAUGCCCUUGAGGAAGCAGAGACUGAGGAGUGA